CUGGCUGAUCUCAUCUGGUUUAAGGAACAUGGUUUCUAGUUUCUAGCUGAUAUACUGUAAGAUAUUCAUUAAGCUCUUGAACGAACAAGAAACCAGUGACCGGCUGGUCAUGUGAGGUGGUCAAGCUGGUUUUUGGAGCAUGAUGACUGGUCAACCAGCUAGUGUUGACGAUGAGAUGAUAACAGUCAGUCCAGAACAGCCACAAACUGCACGAAGUAGAUGUGUUUUGGAGCAAGAUUCUAGUGAGGUUUCUGUAUCUUUCCUGAUCUGUGAUGGUCGUAAACCAGGAGAAAACCACCUACCAGCCAGUCAUAAGGUGGUCGAGCUUAUUUCUGGUCGACCAGCUAGAACGCAGCUAACAUGUUAUAAAACACUGAUAAAUCACAUGUAUCAUAUUAGACUAAAUUUUCCAACUGGACACCGCUUGGAUGAUGUUGAUGAUGUGACACGGUAGGCCAGUGAGUCCAGCGCUGUGAUCAUCCACACACUGUGCACACGGGCUUCAGAACAGCAGUCAGUGGGAACACUUGAACGCACGGAGGGGGAGGAGGGCUGCGAGAGAAAACAAGCCGAGAAAAUUGUUCGUCUGAAACGAAAGUACCAUCAUCUAAGUGCCAUUUGGGCCCAACCGUUAUUCGUUUUCGGAGUGAUCGGAGCGAUUGUGAUGUAGUUUUGUCGACUUCAUGCUGCGGUGUUGCUCCUUUCCAAGCAUCCGGUAAAAAUAAUAUAAGUGUCUGUGGGGCUACUGUACGGACGGCCAGUGCAGAACUGUUCUGAUGUGUCAAUAAGUUUGAGGCUGGAAUGAGAAGGCCCUGGCGUUUCGACCGGAUUUCAGGGGUCAUCUUCAUCGCAUGAUACAGCCUGACUGACAGAUCCAUCCUCAUCUUUCAAAUACCGUAUUUCCAUAUUCUGUGGCUCUGGUCAGCAGCAAUAUGAAGGGCGGAGGUGGAGGGAAAGAACCUCCGGUGGAGGGAGAAGUCAGCGGAAAGCGACCCAAACGCAAGUGUCUGCAGUGGCACCCGCUGCUGGCCAAGAAAGCUCCAGACUUCUCAGAGGAAGAGGAGGAGGAGGAUGAAGAGGAGCUGGAGAAGGAGCCAGUGUUAUGUGCAGAGAGUGGAGCACAGGAGGGAGAGUGUGGCGGAAUGGAAGAUGACAGUGAGGAAUACUCCUCUGAACAACGGGCUCGCCGGCCCAUGAACGCCUUUCUGCUGUUCUGCAAACGACAUCGUUCGCUGGUCCGACAGGAGCAUCCGCGACUAGACAACCGAGGAGCCACUAAGAUCCUGGCGGACUGGUGGGCCGUACUGGACCCCAAAGAAAAACAAAAAUACACAGACAUGGCCAAGGAGUAUAAGGAUGCGUUCAUGAAGGCUAAUCCUGGUUACAAAUGGUGUCCUGCCACCAACAAGCCAGUAAAGAGUCCCUCUCACUCCGUGAGUAACACUCGCAAGAAAGUCUGGUCUCUUCCUUCCAACCCAAGCAAGGAUUCUUCACUUGCCAAAAAACAGCCCAAAACUGACAGCACACCCCAGCUCAACUUCGCCAUGGCUGAUCCCAAUAAGAUGGGUGGCCUGAGCAUGCUGCUGUUAGCCGGGGAGCAUGCGCUGACUGCCAGAGAGAUUUCCUCCAGCUCUUCCCAGACAGGAGGCACAGAUGUUGCUAAGCACACUGGGAAAUCAGCCCUUUUCCAGCUGGCUGAGAUUUCUUCCAGUCCUAUACAGCCAGCUGGGGGAAGUAUGAAAGCUGAGGACACAAGCUCUCUCACACAUGUAGAGGCCUCUGGACCAUCUCAGCCAAGUUCGCCUGACCUACCCAAGAGUUGUGUUAAAUCACCCUUGUUUCAGCUGGCUGAGCAGAUCUCCUCCAGUAGGUCUCAGUCAGCGUCUGAGGGGAGGCAGUGCAGCCAGUCGGCUCUUUUCCAACUCGCAGAGAUGUGUUUGGCCUCUGAGGCUGACAAGAUGGAAGCUGGAUCGUCCCAGCCCUCUGGUGGUUCCUCCUCACUCUGUGCUCAGCACGGCUCAAGUAGCAGAGACAUCACAGAACACGAAGAGCAGGCGGAUGCUCCUGAACUUCCUCUCACCACACCAUCAUCAUCCUCAUCAUCUUCCUCUACCUCUGGCUCCACCUCGUCCUCCCCUACUGACACCACCCCAUCGGAUCUCAGCCCAUGUAAGACGCUGAAGAAGAAGAAAAAGAAGAAGGCAAAUAAAGACUCAGACGAAAAUCCUGCAUCACCCAAAAAGGCAAAGAAGCGCCAUUUGCCAGAGUCGGACCUGGACAGUGUGAUGUUCACCAUCGAAGCGGUAGCAAAAGGUGCUUGGGGCUUGGAAGAAACACCCAGGAAGAAAUCUCAUCCCUCAAGUAGCGAGAGCAGCCCCACAAUGGACCAAUCUCCAGCUGUGAAGAAGAAAACAAAAUCUAAACCGAAAAAACAGCUGAAAUUUAAAGACGACAGCGCGGCGGAAGAGGAAGAAUGGGACGUAGAGAUCAAUAAACCACAGGACGAAGAGAUGAAAACUGAGGAAGCUCCUCUGACCCCUAAAGCGGAGUGUGAGAAUGAGCAAGACAUGAAGGUGGAGACACCUAGUGGUGUGGAGGACAUGGCACCACACUGCUCUCCUCCUCGACCUACAGAACUAGAGGAGGAGAAAGACACAGACACCAAACCACCUCAAACCAGACCGGAAGAUAAAGAGCCAGAGGUUAAGCCGGAGACCUGUGGGUCCAGGAAGUCUGAGAGAAGCUGUAAAGGAGCGCUUUAUAAGACUCUGGUUUCCGAAGGGAUGCUUACAUCGCUGAGAGCAAAUGUGGACAGAGGGAAAAGAGGUUCAAUGCGAGGCAGUGUGUCCGAUCAUGAGGGCGGCUGGAAUGACGAGAGCUGGGGAUUUUCUCAAGCUGUUACCAGCAACCCAAAAAAGCUCAAGAAGUCCAAGUCUAAAGAGGAAGCCACCACAGGACUAGGAAAGCUUGAGGAGGAGUUCGAGAAAAAAUUCAACAGCUUACCGCAGUACAGCCCACUGACUUUUGACAAAAAGAGCAUGGUGGUCACCAAGAAGAAAAAAAACUGUACAUCCAGCCCUCCUGAACCGCCUAAAACCUGCAAGGGUUCAUCUUCAUCUCAGAAAAAGACCUUAUUCCACAAGAUAGUGAACAAGUACAAACACAGGAAGGAGAAAUCCAGUGCCGCAGACAAAGACAUCGUCCCAACUGACCCAGUGGCUACAGAAUCAAGUCCAGUAAAGUCGGGCAGUCCGUGUGUUUCUCCCUCUCCUGAACCCCAGAAGGUUCUGGACACACCUGUGGGCAGUCAGAAGAGGAAGGCCAGGAAGAGUAAAAUCACACACUUGGUGCGCACGGCUGAUGGCAGAGUGUCACCUGCAGAGGCAGAAGACAAAUUAAAAAAUCAGGAUGAAAAGCCAUUCACUCAAGAGACAUUAUGCAAUAGCGGGAUCUGCUAUAAGGACCCCAGAUCAGCGGAAGCGGACGUGGCUGAUGCGUCCGGCGGCCUCCCGGCCUUCUUCAGCUUGGCUGCUCUCGCUGAGGUUGCAGCAAUGGAGAAUGUGCACAGAGCCCAGCGUGCUGUGAGCAUCCCCACUGAAGGUCAAGUGAAGGACAUAGCUCCUGUGCUGAUUUCCUGUGCGGACCAGUGAGGCCUCAGCCUGGCCUGGGAUGGGUUUUUUUCCGGUCUGGGCUUAUGUAUGGACAUGCCGGGGCCUUAUUCUUGACCCUUGGCAUCAGAUGUCAGGAGGAAAGAGCAUGCGAGAGCGAGAGAGUCUGGAAAGGGAUGAGGGAAGCUCGGAGAAGGAUGAAGAUGUUUUAUCCCAGAAGCCUUCACCUUACACCCAACCCCAUCCUCCCUCCCUCUCACCCCCUCAGGGCCCCGGGAGAGCCAAUUCUGGUCCCUACACCUGUUUCCUCUGGUGGCGCCGGACCAGUUUUCAGACUUCACAAUCUGCAAGAAAUGGCUACUAUUUAAGGUCAAGUUUUGCCAACAAAAAGUGCAUUUGAAGCAAGUGUUCCCUCCUUGUCUUUCUCUAUCUAAGCGCUUCUGUUCCUGGUCAGCUUUAUUGCACAAAUGUCUUUUUUCACACAGCAGUGUACACGAUCUCUCGGUCAGAAGUCACAAUGUUUUGUGGCUUCCUGCUCCCUUUUCUUGCUCUGAAUCUUUUGAAGAGAGCGAGUGAGUGCUCAACCUCAGCCUCAUACCUCACAGACCUGUGCACAGAUGCACCACCUUCACCUUCAUAAUGCACAUUCAAUGCCUAGAUGCCUCUUUCUUUCAAGCAAUGACCCUCAGUGUGUCCGGUGCCUCUGUAGAUGACAGUUAUUCAGAGAUUUCCACUCGCAGACAACAGCGACUUGUCGGGGGGAGCUGGAUGUUUGCGCAAGUUGCGCAGUAGUUUACGAGCAGGUUCCAAAAUUAACACUUGCCAAGAAUCAAAUACUUUAAUGUUUAUCAAUAUACAUUACCGUUUAAAAGCUUGGGAGAUGUUUCUGAAAGAAGUCUUUUAUGAUCAAUCGUGUUGUAUUUAUUUGAUCGGAAAUACAUUAAGAACAGUACUAUUGUGAAAUAUUAUUAGAAUUUAAAAUAUCUAGAUUAUAUUUUAAAAUGUAAUGUAUUCCUGUGAUGGCAAAGCUGCAUUUUCAGCAUCAUUACUCCAGUUUUCAGUGUCACAUGAUCUUUCAAAAAUCAUUCUAAUAUGCCGUUUUGGUGCUGAAAGAAGCAUUUCUUAUUAUCAAUGUUAAAAACAUUUGUACUGCUUUAUAUAUUUGUGUAAAUCUUAAUCUUAGAAUUAGUAGAAAGUUUAAAAGAACAGCAUUUAUUUGAAAACGCAUCAUGAAUGUUACUGUCACUUUUGAUCAUGACUUUCUUUGCCAAAUAAAUGUAAAUAAUAAUUUCUUUAGAAAAAGACUUACUACCCACAAACUUUUGAACCGUAAUGUAUAUUUACAAAAAUAACAUUUCAUGCAUGAAUAUUUAUGAUUUCCCCCCACAUUGUUAUAAUGUGAAAUAA